AUGCGACGGACUCGCUCUCCUGCACUUGCCGCCGCCCUCGCCACCGCCGGUCUCGGCGCGCGGCCGCUGCUGCUCGCCACGCUCGCCGCCGUGGUGCUCGUGCGGCUGCUGUGGCCCGAGGCGAGCCGCGCGGAGCUGCUGUGGACGAUCGACCCGCCCGAGGCGGCGCGGCAGCACAUCCGGCGGCUGAUCCUCCCGCCCGAGGCCAUCCGCCUCCGCCCGGCAGACACCUCCCCCACGAGCGCAGCCGGAAGCUGCGGUGACAGGAGGAGCGGCGGAGGCGGCGGCGGCGGCGGCGGCGGCGGAGGCAGCAGUGGCGGUGGCGGCGGCGGAGGCGGCGGCGGCGGCGGAGGCGGCGGCGAAGACGGCGGAGGAGGAGUCGUCGCAUGGGCGGGGUCGACCAGAGUGGGUGCGGAGCCGGAGCUGGUGCGGAGGGUCGGCGGCGCGUUUCUCCUCUCGCGCUCUCUCUCCUCGCGCUACGUGCGCCUCCUCUUCCUCUCGACACACCAGUUCGACGCGAGCAGAGCCCGCGCUGCAGUAUACCCUACCGACCCGGCGCCCAAACCCAAGGACAUAAAGCAGGCGAGCAAGCGGCGGCUGCAGUCUGCGGUGCUGGCCGCGCUGCCCACCGCUCUCGGCCCCGACCGACCGGCGGUCGCCCUGCGCUCAACGGUCGCCGCACUGCGGGACCUCUUUGGGUGGCUCGCCGACAUCGCCGACACCCUCCGCGCGAUGGGCCUCUCGCCCCCCGACGCGGCCGCCCUCCUCUCCUGCCUCACCCGCUGCCUGCCCGGACAGCAGGCGGCGGGCAGCACGCAGCCCGCGCCGCCCGCAGAGCCGCCCGAGCCGCCGGCGCCUCCGAGCCGCUGGUCGGCCAUCGCGACGGUCCUCUCGUUGCAGAGCUCGGCCGAGAGCGCGCCCGCCGAGGCGGGGCAGGCCGAGGCGUGGCAGCGCUUCCUCGACGGCGCGACGCCGGUCAUCUUGCGGCUCCUGGUGGUGUAGGGAGGGUACACUCGGUGCGACAGUGUUUUACACAGAUUGUUUGACCGACCAGCGAGACGCGAUCAGAUUAGCCGAGAUUGGCCGAGAUGAGCCGAGAUUGGCCGAGAUUAGCCGAGAUCGAGCACGAGGAGCGCGACAGCGAGGACCUGAGCACGAGCUGCGCGUCCCAUAUCUCCCCGUAUCUCCCGUAUCUCCCCGUAUCUCCCUCUCCCUCUCUCUCCAUCUCCUCUAUCAGGCGAUUAAAUAUUAAUUAUCGAGAUCGCACGAGAUACGCGAGAGGUGUGUGAGCGGAGAGCGAGAGGGGCGAUAUGAUCGAGAUCGCGCGAGAUGAGCGAGAGGUGUGUGAGAGCGGAGAGCGAGAGGGGUGUGUGAUGAGAUAUUUGAUCGAGAGAGGCACGGAUUGAGAUCGAGAGAGGCGAUUAAAAAUUAAUUAUCGAGAUUGCACGAGAUCAGGCGCUUGCUGCGGCGCUGCUGGCGCUAGGCCGAGGUGGCGGAGGCGGCGGAGGCGGCGGAGGCGGCGGAGUUGAGGCUGACGGCGGCCCGAGAGAGGUAGAGGUGUGUACGGCUCUAUGCGGUGUGUAUGAUCGGGAGAGGCAUGGAUCGAGGUCGAGAGGAGCGAGAGGUGCGUAUGCGUAUGCGGCGCCCGCUGCAGAAAAAAAGUUUUGGGAAAUCGGUAGGG